GGGUUGCAGGCACUGGCAGACAAACAUAUAUCUCUGCAACACAGCACAACCACAAAGCGCUCUCUCUCUCUCUCUCUCUCUCUCUCUCUACUCAUCCACCAUUGCCUUCUCAAAUCUCAAUCCCUCUACAGUUUACACUACACAAUCAUUUAUUAUUCUUGUCGUUGUUCUUAUUACAUAUUGGUUGGGGCUUCUACUGCUACUGCUACUGCUACCUUCAAUUCAAUUUCCUCGCCCAAAAAGGGGUUUGUUUCGUCAAUUGAUAAUGGCUCUACUAAGCUUUCUGUCUCCCACAGAAAUCAACACUACCCUUUCUUUCUUGGAAUACUCCUCCAUGUCCACACCCAAUCUUAAUCCUCUCAAACUACAAGGCGGGUUGGGUUUCAAGAGCAAGAAAAUUGGAUACAGUGCGGGCAAGAGAGUCCAAUGCUCAGUCCAGCCACCGGCGCCGCCACCGGCGUGGCCCGGCCGGGCGGUGGUGGAGGCCGGCCGGAAAACUUGGGAGGGCCCUAAGCCUAUUGCGGUUGUUGGAUCAACUGGCUCAAUUGGAACUCAGACAUUGGAUAUAGUUGCCGAAAAUCCAGACAAGUUUAAGGUUGUUGCACUUGCAGCAGGUUCAAACACAACUCUUCUUGCCGAUCAAGUGAAGAGAUUUAAACCUCAGUUGGUGUCGAUUAGGGACGAGAAACUGAUUGAUGAGCUGAAAGAGGCACUGGCUGAUGUGGAGGAAAAGCCCGAAAUAAUUCCCGGAGAGCAGGGGAUUGUCGAGGUUGCUCGCCAUCCGGAUGCUGUCACUGUAGUCACCGGAAUUGUUGGUUGCGCAGGUUUGAAGCCAACUGUGGCUGCCAUAGAAGCCGGAAAGGACAUUGCUUUGGCGAAUAAGGAGACACUUAUCGCCGGUGGACCUUUUGUCCUCCCUCUCGCUCACAAGCAUAAAGUAAAGAUUCUUCCCGCAGAUUCCGAACAUUCUGCUAUAUUUCAGUGCAUUCAAGGCUUGCCUGAAGGGGCACUGCGGCGCAUAAUUUUGACAGCAUCGGGCGGCGCUUUCAGGGACUUGCAAGUCGAGAAAUUAAAAGACGUAAAAGUAGCCGAUGCCUUGAAGCAUCCUAACUGGAAUAUGGGGAAAAAGAUCACCGUAGACUCGGCCACACUCUUCAACAAGGGUUUAGAAGUUAUCGAAGCUCACUAUCUGUUCGGAGCUGAAUAUGAUGACAUCGAAAUUGUCAUUCAUCCACAGUCAAUCAUACAUUCGAUGGUCGAGACACAGGAUUCAUCAGUUCUUGCGCAACUGGGAUGGCCCGACAUGCGUCUCCCGAUUUUAUACACGAUGUCUUGGCCGGACAGAAUUUACUGUUCAGAGGUUACUUGGCCUCGGCUUGAUCUGUGCAAGCUCGGUUCUCUUACGUUCAAGAUUCCCGACAAUGUCAAGUAUCCGUCCAUGGAUCUAGCUUACGCUGCGGGACGAGCCGGGGGGACAAUGACAGGUGUUCUUAGUGCAGCCAAUGAGAAAGCCGUCGAAAUGUUUAUCGACGAGAGGAUCGGGUACCUCGACAUAUUCAAAAUUGUGGAGCUAACGUGCGAAAGGCAUCGGGCAGAGCUUGUGACAUUGCCGUCGCUAGAGGAAAUCAUUCAUUACGACUUGUGGGCACGCGACUACGCAGCGAGUUUGCAGCCGUCGACAUCGAGCCCGGCUCUCGUCUGAGCCCGGGAUCGGAUUGUAGUUUUAGUAGAAUAUCGCCGUAAGAGGCCAUAAGCAGUUUUAGCUUUGAAUGUUUCAUAACUAUUGGAACUAUUCGCUAUUUGAUCAAACUCGAGAUAAUAAUGAUGACGAAGAUGCGGAAACCUUAUGUGAUCACCUUAAUAACCUGUAGAAUUAAACAUGGCGGCGUAAUAACCUGGUUAUGUAUUUUCCAAA